AUGGCAUGUAACGAUGAGUGCAGUGAUCGCGAGGACUCAAGUUGGCCACAAUUUAAGCGUGAAGAUUUACUGCAAUAUUCAGAAAUUUUUGCAUCUGAGUUUAAUAAGAGUGCACUUCAUGACCGUAUUCUUGUAUUGAAAAUAAUGGAAAAAGACGAUGGUGUAAUACUCCCAGAGAACUACCUGCAGUACGAAGUGAUUGGGACUGAGGAUAAUCGACUUGCUUCUGAAGAAGGAAUUGAUGAGGUAUAAGUAUACACAAGUAUAAGCCGGCACACUCGCUCUCCUUGAAACUUUUUACGUUUCAACGUUACCGAAUUGGUGUGGCCGAAUGAAAGACGAUUCACUCAAUUUUCACGGCCUAUUAACAAAUAUGAAAACUACUAAUUUUUUUAUGUAACAUGGCAGGCAACUUAGUGCCGGAUUGUUCGCGAUCAACAACUCUAUAUUAUCCCCCUAGGCCUAGCGGAUUUGGACCCCUACGGUACAUAUCCGCUAGCUGAUAUGUACCCCCUUCCGCUAAAUUGGACCCCUAAAAUUCACAGAAAGAAGAAAUUUUUAAUUCUACGAGUAAUGUGGGGACUAGCUAGAUGAUGAAAUUAUAGAUAUUAAAUAUAUAUAUUCUCGAGAUCAAAAUGCUUUAUGAAAAUUAUAUACUGUGGUUCCAACGCUGUAAUAAUAAGUCUUAAUUAUCGUUUUAAGCUACGUACUUGUGCUUCAAACUAACGUUCACUUUUAUGAGAAACGAUUCGCAGUUGAAUGCGCAUGGAAAUUUAGGCGUCAGUUUAAUUGAAAUUAUGAUAACUAAUGGCAUGACUCGACUAUCUUGGAAUUUGCUUAAUGACGAAAACAAGUUAUUGAGAUGCUAAUUUAAGGCAAAAAUAAUUUGAAAUAUAUUUUCGUUUUCCGUUUUUUUCAGCAGUAAAGCGUCAGAGCAGAUAGCAAUUCCAAUUAGGAGUAAAAUACUUGUGAAGGCUUCAUGCGCUUCUCGCACAUUCCAAGAUCAUAGAAAUAGGAAGUUUAAGAUCUUGACGACGAACUAUCGACUAUACGUUUGAAAUAGUUUUAUGAAAUAGUUGAAAUAGUAUAUGCAUGCAUGUAUGUAAAUACUAAAUGCUUUUCAUAACAAAUUUAUCCCAAAUAUGUUUUAUGUGCAUGGUUUUGUGUUCGGUAAGGUACCUAACAUCUUUUAAAUACUCCCCAACCUGCAACGGCGUAGUCAGUUUCGGUGCGAUAUGUUCUUGAUUCUGUUUUACAACAUAAGAAUGUGAUUUUUACGCUAUAGCGGUCGCUAUGGUGAAAAGUAUGCUCUGGGGAUAUGUAAAUUUUGUCUGUCUCAGUUAAACAAUGCAAAAACAAACUUUCAACCGUAUUCCGUACCCGUUGUUCGUUGUCGGCAUCUUAAACUCCCUAAUAAACAUUUUAUAAACCCAUGUUGCACUGAAAAAAUUAUAAAUCAUAAACUUUGACGGAAUUCUUCCAAUAAUCUGAAAAUCUGAGAUGUGAUGGAAUUUUUUAAUCUAAAAUAAAUCAGAUGAGAUUUAUGACAAUUUAAAACGCUUUGAUUAUAUUAUAAACAAUAUUCAAAAUACAAUACGAUACAAUGACAAAAUACGCGAAGGGGCGAAUAUUCGCUAGCGGAUUUGGACCGAGGGGUCCAUUUUGAGAGGGUCCAAAUCUGCUAGGAUACAGGUAUUGCAGCAGUCUAUUCGGCCUGAAGCAAUUCAACGUCUCGGCAUUUUUAACUUUAUCUGGGAGAGAACACCAGAGUUUAGGACCUUGAUAAAGUAUGGUGAACUGUUUUAUGUUAGUUCUACGAACACGUGAUCGAUAUGAUAUAUAGACUAGCGUUUCUUGUAUUGUGUUGAUGAAUUUGAUUAUUAUAGUAAUAAAUAAGUUGUGAAAAGAUUAAGGUAGUAGCUUGUUAAGAUAGGAAUACAUGAUUUUUCCAACGUAUAACAAGUUAAUCUUAUUAAUGUCAAGCACAUGCAUUCCAGCAUUCAGUUCGCAAAAAGCGGAGCAGUAUAUCAGUAUGCUCGUAAAAAUCCGAAUUUGUCAGCAGUCUGACAAUUCGUUUCUGUAGUACGAGUACACGCCUUAAAUUUGAAGAGUAUGUGGACGACCAAAUAAUAUUGCAGUAUGUAAGAUAUGGAUAAAUUAAGGUGUAAUAUAAAGACAAAUUAGAUUAUUUAGUACUCGCAGACAAAUUGAAACGAAGCUAGCUCGGUAGAUGAUGCCAAUGGCUUUGAAUAUUAAUUUGCCGAUCAAGUCCGAGGCGAAGUCGAACACUGGAUCAAAAUGCGAGGACUUGAAAUCUAGUCCAGUCCGAAUUGGAAGAUUUGAAAUGACAUCUCAUGCGAAUAAAUCACUACUUAAAGUGAGGUGAAUUAACUUUGAUCCAAUCCAAGGACAUUCUCGUCCCCAGAGCCACUUUUGUUGAAAAUUAGGCUCAGGGUUAUACGACUAAAGGGCGAGAUCUGAUUAGCUUCUCAGAGAACUGCUAUUUCGCAGAAGUUGAGCAGUUUUCGCUGGGCAAAAUUAUUCUAUCAACAUAUGUCAACACAAAUACUUCGUUUCUUCGUAAUACUUCACAGUGAAAAUACGGGUGCCAAAGCGUUUCAAUUCAAGAACAUGCGCUUUAGAAACAUGCAUUUCCUGGUUCCGUGAACGGUGAUCGCUAGAUAGUAUACUGCAAAAUAAGGUUUCCGUUUUUAUAACGUAGAAAAAACUAUCCUAACACAAAACUAAACCCUAACCCUAAUACUAACCCUUACCCUAACCCCAACCUAACCCUAACCUAAACCCUAACCUAACCCUAACUUAUUUUAAAAAUUGAUAUAAAAACGGAAACCGGCUUAUUUUGAAGUAUACUGUCUAGCAAUUGCCUUCCGUGAACACCGCGGAAAAACGUCUGCGCAUGCACCAAAUUAUGAAAAUAUGGCGGGGAAUUUGAAUAUCAAUUUCGAAAACAGAAACAUGCUUAUUAAUUGGUCAAAAAUUAGUAAAACAAACGAGAAAAUAUAGCAAAUGGGUAGACUAGACAUUAAUUGAAAGCGUCCUGGCAUUUAAAGUAUGGAAUGAAAUAUAAUUCAUGUAAAAAAUUGUUGAUUUUAACGGACACGACUUCGAAAAUUUUUGCAAAAUUAUUCAAAACAAAAAUUCAAACUAAAAAGUUAAGAAAACUCUCGAAAAGUUAAGCUUCUUAACCCACUCAAAUUGUAGAAUAAAUCCUAAAGUUUAAUUAUUGUGAACACGAAAUUUUUUUAUGUUUGGCGACACAGUUUUUUUUAAAAACUGUAUCUCAAACGAACAUUCGGAAAUUGUCGUUGCUUAGUUGAUAAACAAAAUGUUUCAGACGAUAAAUUUGUCAACAAUCACCUUUAGUUCAUGUUCUUGUACAAUACAAUUUCUUGAACUUUCUGGCUGUAUUUAUUCCUAGUUUUUAGAAUGACAUGUUUAUUUUUGCGCUCGAAAUCUGACUGUAAAGACGCACAAUGAAGUCACUCCUUUUUACCGCCAUUUUUGAGCCUUCGGAAACGUUCGGAACAGCUUCUCAUCAAGUUCGCAAUACUAUUAAAGGUAAGGUUGACGCAUGCGCAAACGUUUUUCCGCGGUGUUGGUUCCGUGUCUCCUUGUGUCUCCCAGGAUCUAGCGAGGACGCGCGCCGCCGAGAGACCCUGGGGACGAGGAUGAUCCAUUGGAUGAUCCAAGGACUGGAUUAAUUUUGAUCUAGUACUAAUAUACUUCACCCACUGAUCUGAAAUAAGACUGGAUAAAGCAUCCUAUUGAAUUCAGUAUAUUUUGAAGCCAUAAUAUUUUAAUGAGAUAUUAUAAAUCAGCCAAAUUCAUGACCAGUCUAAUCGUUUGCUGUUUAAGUUCAGUUAGACUAAAAAGCAAAUAUCUUCGCCUAUGUGGAAGUAGUUUUAGAACGUUUUAUAGACCACAUAAUGUGAGGCUUAUAGCGGCCAUAUUUGAUGGCCGCCAUUAGUUAUUCAUCGGAAAAUUUAGGAAAAAAGAGAGGCUACUGAAAAUAUAUUCUUAUCUAGGCAAUAUUUGUCCUUUCCCACUAGUGAUUAGAAACGUAAAGGAAGAGUUAAACAUGUCCACAACACCAGAUUUGAUUAAUGGUGGGCCAUCCAAUAUGGCCGCCAUUGGCUUCACUUAUGCACAGCAGUUGCUUUAUACAGUCUUAUUUCAGAUCAGUGACUUUACCAGGUAUAUAAUGCAGUAUUAUCAUGUGAGCGGGAUAAAGCAAUAUGGUUGGCUAAUUUACUCAUGCCUUAUUAAUGUUUUGAGAUGUAAUAUUCUCGUGUGACUCAGUGAAAGACCUGAAGUGACGUUGCUUCACUGACAGUGUAUAGGGCCUCUAUUUAUCAUGAUAUAAUUCAAUGUACAGACCUGCCAUGUACCACUUCUUGUUUAAGCGUCCAAAAUUACACAUGCUCAAAGUUCUCUUUUGUAUCCGCAGGAAGAAUACAUACAAGGUGAUGGCAGAGCAAACGGGUCGAUUGAAAAACAGGAUAAAGAGAUAUAUUUUUCUCGACUUGAUAAUGAAAAUAGUGAACAUCCAACCAACACGGCAAAAACAGAAAUCGUAGAAAACGCAGAAAUAGAAGCUAAUGAAGCAAUUUUAUCCGGACUCGACAAUACAAAUAGUGAACGUCCAUCUCAUGUUACAAAAACAAAAAUAGAAAACACUCAAACAGCUGAAGAAGUUGAAAAGCACGAAUGUGGUUCCCUAACAAACGAAAUUCCAUCACAGGAACAACGAUUAUUCAUCCACAGUUCAUGGCUCGCAGUACAUAGUCCGUAUUUUAGAGCAUUGUUUUAUUCUUCUGGUAUGAAGGAAUCUUUUUCGAAAGAAAUCAUUUUGAAAGUAACUGAAGAAGAAUUAGAGGCCCACUACACCUUGAUUAAAGCUAUGUACCAACCAUCGAUUCUUGAUCACAUGGAUCCAUAUAUUGUCCUUGAAGUGCUUAUACUUGCAAAUAAAUAUGAUGUUACCUUGAUUUUCAAAAAGUGCAAGUAUCUUUUGAUGUCAGUGAGUAUGUCCUUAGAGCUUUGUGAAUCAGUUUUAGCAGUUGUUAAUGAGAUGCCCGCCACAGAUGAUUUGACGGAGUACCUUCGAUGCUUCCUUGUUAAAGCGUUCAACCCUCUUGACAAGGUCUGGGAUACGGAGGAAUUCAAAGAUCUUUCAGAAUUUUCUUUAAGAAUGUUACUUUCAAGCAAUGAAAUUACAGUAUUAUCGGAAAACACUGUUUUCAUUGCCUUGAUGUCGUGGUGUAAAUAUAAUGAUUAUAAUGGUCCUUCACUUCUGCCAUUUUUACGACCAGAAUUAAUGACAGUUGAGUUUCUACAAGAGGUCGUAUAUAAUCAUCAUGUAGCAAAAGAAAUGGACGGAUAUAACAAAUUACUCGUGAAUGGUUUUCGAUAUCAUAGCUCGUCACCAAAGAGGAAAGCACUGCUCGAGAAUGAGAUAACAAGGCGGGCUGAAUACAAAGCUGACAAUGAACCUUCGUUUACAUGGCAGCUUUUCAUUUCUGAAGAUAACCAUCAGAAUUCUCCAGAAAUGUACAAAUCGGAUAGAUUUUGGUGGUGUGGUUUUGAAUUGACGUUAUCUCUUACAUUAGAGUCAAAUUUGUGGAGUGUUGGUCUUUACAUUCACAACAUUGAAGACGCAAGCAGUUUGAACUUCGUCUGGGUCAUUGAAGCUGAACUAUUUCCCGUAAAAAUACGACGUCAGGUGACAUUCCGUAAUCGUUUUGACCUGGGAUACGACAAAAUGGAAUUUCCAUUUUCACAACCUAUUCAACGCAACAUUACUCGCUGUAUCAAAAUUUUUAUUCGUUUUGCCAUAUCGAGUGACGCCAGUGAUGUUGAGGAAUUCCGCGAUUAA